GGACAACGACAGAUCCCGCAGUACUCGAUGACGCCCACGCACAGCGGCCAGAACAAAUGUGAUACGAUUAAUCUUCAUAAGGGGAGUGAAAUCAAAGACGAGAGGCGAUGUGAUUUCGAUGUGGCCGGGACCCAGUUUGGCAUAGAUGAAUCCUGUCCUUACAGCUGACAACAUGUUGCUUGCUGCGCUGAAGCUCGGCCUGGUUUUGGCUGCAAUUAGUGGGUGUUGCAUGCAACCAGCUACGUUUCCGCAGAGCGACACGGAUCGGGAGCAGGAGCUGCCGCAGCGCAUCUACGGGCUGCUCGACAAAAUGUCCUGCGGCCGGAAGCUUAAUGCGAGCGCCACAUUCGCCCUGCUCCUGGCCGAAUUCCUGAUAAAACAGAAACUGCGCUACGUAGCGCCCACUCGCUUCGAGAGGCAGCUCUACUAUCAUCUGCUGCACAGGAUGGAGCACAUCAAGAGCCGCUCGGUGGAGGCAGCGGCAACGGGCAUCGAAAGACAAAUUCUGGAGAGUGCCUUCAAGAGAAACGUCCUGCUGCUGCCUCCAUCGGUGCGGUAUGGCCAACUGAAUGCCAAUGGAGAGUACGAGCAGCUGGCGGCCAUAUAUGGAAAUGUGGUCAACGAGGGUCAACCCAAUAGAACGCAAUCAGAUCUCUGCAUGAGGGAGAUUGCGGAGCUCGACUUGAGCGACUGUAAGCUAGCUUCCCACGAGUGCCUGGAGCUGCUGACCAGCGAUGCACCCACCUAUGGCUACCAGAGGACUCAUCAGGUACUGCUGCUGUACAUGCUGCAGCAUCACGUGUGUGCCCCCCAUUUGAGCCCUCCGCAGGUGUACGAGCUGCUUGCCAAGAGCCAUUGCAAUGAGGUGGAACGCGAGCAGAACGCCAUAAGGAGCCUGGGGCUGCCCGAGCAGUAUCGAGAUUUAUAUUUGGAGCAAGCAACAAUUUGCGGCCUCUUUGGCUACAAUGAGUUUUUGAACUGGCGCAAUGUGAUGGAAAUUGGCAGCUGGUUCGAGGAUGAGGCUCAUGACGUUGACAAGUCCCACGAUAGUCAGCAUAUAAACGAUCUGGCCUUGGUAUUCUAUAUAAAUGCAAUGUUGCUGUUGCACUAAGCACACCAGCAGCUGCAACCAACGAACCAAACCUUAAACCUCAACCCCCCUGCUGCUUGCUGAUUGCUU